GGAGCUGCGCACGAUUUUUUCCGGGGGCGCUCGAAUUUUUAUGACUACGUAUUCUCUAUAGCGAAUACGUUGGUUUGACAGCGUAGUAGUAGCCACGGGACCGCUGGGCGACGCAGAAUGCUUGCUGGCUGAUUGGGGAGGCUUAAAGAGACAACAGCAAGAAGGGAAAGAGAAGGAGAUGAAAUCAAGAAAAUAUCUAUAAAAUCCGGAAAAAUGGGAAUUCACACCGCGUAAAAUCGCACCUCGCCAGAAAUCCACUAAAAGGUACUUUGGCUGUAGUAGCUACCCACCAUCGGAGAUCUUCGCUGUGCAUCCCACCGUGAGUGUGAAAACCCCAGGAAUGCCUGCUGCACCACCACAGCCUGGCCAGGGGGAGGCGCUGCGAGGCGCAGGCGGGAGCUGGCCGUCGGGGCUGCGGCUGCACUAACCGGGAUCGCUCGCAUGCGCACACGCACGCGUGCCGGCGUUUCCACAGUGUGUGCGCUCGCUCACGCUUUCUCCAGGAGGGGGCGAUCAUGUUGCUCUGACGUCGGCGGAGGAGAAACCCCGGAGAACAGAAGAAGCCAACAGCCGCGGAGAAGGACCGGAGCGAGGACUGGUUUCAUUCCGGAACGCUUUUCGUCACCUCCAUCUGGGUACAGUUGCUGCAAGCUCUCCGUUUACUUUUUCUAAAAAGCCUUUUGGAUUGCAGGUCGGGCGUAUACGCGCGCACUAAGCCGGAUCCCUUCCUCUUUGCCGUGCGGUGCUCCUUCCCUCCCUCCCGCCCGCCCGCCUCCCUCGGUAGUUGUUUCUGUGUUUUGCAUGGCAGCGGAGUAACCGUGGAGAAGCCGGGGUAUCACAAGCUUAUGGAUUUUGAUAAGAGAGGAGGGAAGGGGGAGGCAGAGGAAGGGAAGAGGAUGUCCAAGGCCGCCGGGAGCAGGACUGCGCACGGGGGCCGGAGCGCGGGCACCAACUCCGGCGUGCUCAUGGUCGGCCCCAACUUCCGCGUCGGGAAGAAGAUCGGCUGCGGGAACUUCGGGGAGCUGCGGCUGGGGAAGAACCUGUACACCAACGAGUACGUGGCCAUCAAACUGGAGCCGAUAAAGUCCCGGGCGCCCCAGCUGCACUUGGAAUACCGAUUUUACAAACAGCUGGGAAAUUCAGAGGGAAUUCCUCAGGUGUACUACUUCGGACCAUGCGGGAAAUACAACGCCAUGGUCCUGGAGCUUCUGGGGCCCAGCCUGGAGGACCUGUUCGACCUCUGCGACCGCACCUUCUCCCUCAAGACUGUCCUCAUGAUAGCCAUACAGCUGAUAACGCGGAUGGAGUACGUGCACACCAAAAGCUUGAUAUACAGGGACGUCAAGCCGGAGAACUUCCUGGUGGGGCGGCCGGGCAGCAAGAGGCAGCACACGAUCCACAUCAUCGACUUCGGGCUGGCCAAAGAGUACAUCGACCCUGAGACCAAAAAACACAUCCCUUACCGGGAGCACAAGAGCCUGACUGGCACGGCGCGGUACAUGAGCAUCAACACGCACCUGGGGAAAGAGCAAAGCAGAAGGGAUGACCUGGAAGCUUUAGGUCACAUGUUCAUGUACUUCCUGCGAGGGAGUCUGCCCUGGCAGGGCUUGAAGGCGGACACGCUGAAGGAGCGCUACCAGAAAAUCGGGGACACCAAGCGGGCGACGCCCAUCGAAGUGCUGUGCGAGAGCUUCCCAGAGGAGAUGGCCACGUACCUGCGCUACGUGCGGCGGCUCGACUUCUUCGAGAAGCCCGACUACGACUACCUGAGGAAGCUCUUCACCGACCUCUUCGACCGCAACGGCUACGUCUUCGACUACGAGUACGACUGGGUCGGCAAGCCGCUCCCCACUCCGAUUGGCCCCAUCCCCAGUGACACGCCCGUGCAGCCCAGCAGCAGAGACAAAGCACACCAGCAGACCAAAAACCAGCUGCACACAGUGUGUCCCCUAACUCUGAACCGGCACCUCGCGUGUAAAGACUGGAAGUCGCCCGAGCCCAAAGGAGGCGAGUCCCAACCCAACCCAGUGACCAAUAGGGAGCUCCAGGGGUCGCAUCUCACAGCUGAUAGGCUGGGGGGCUCUGUCCAGAUUAUGAACUCCACGAACGGAGAGCUGAACACUGACGACCCAACCGCAGGACACUCCAACGCACCAAUCACUGCACCGGCCGAGGUGGAGGUGGCGGAUGAUACCAAUUGCUGCUGUUUCUUCAAGAAGAGAAAGAGGAAAGCGCUGCAGCGGCACAAGUGAAACGGGGGGAGAGACGCGAAAGAACGUUCUGGUCACUGGCUAAUUUUAAACGGAAGCUGAAACGCGAAAAAAAACGCCCGCCCCUCGGUCUUACGUCAGCGCGCCACUUCUCCUGGGCGCGUGGAGGAACGCUUUUAACUCGCCAACGGGGUGGAACGUACGGCGGACCGGCGCGGUUCCUUUUCUACAAAAAAAAAAAAAAACUGUACGCGAGCGUACGCAGGGAUAACGUAAAAUAAAUAAAUAAAUAAAUGGUGACCGUGACAGCGAUGCACAAAAUGUGUGAUGUGACUAAAAAAAAAAAAAAAAAGAAAGAAAAGAAAAAAGACUUUCGAACAGUUGUAUCCUAGACUCCACGCAGAACAUUAUCUGUACAACAAGCCUUCGCUGAGGGGAGGAAAUUACAGCAGCCGGUCGAGAGAAAGACGAGCCUUCCCAUGCUGAGGAUCCUAUUUGCAGAAGCUAGGUAAAAAUCGAGAAGGACACAUACUGAUGAUGCCCCUUGAAACACUGGGUGGAACAGGAAAGAUUUCACCUCUUCAGCAGAAUUUGAAGAUUUUUAUGUAAAUCCUUUUUUUUUUGUCAUUUAAAUCGGAAGUGGUUUCCAUGGUCCCCUCACCCAGAAUUGAAAACGAAACUGUUUACUUUCACGUUGUAGUGUUCCGGAAUUCUAUUUUUUUCAUUUCUUUUUUUGUUUUAUCUCAGUUCCUUUUUUUCUGUUAAUGUGGACUUUGUAGCACAGUCACUGGCCCUCAGGUACUGUGGAAGAUGGAGAAACUGAUAUUAAGCUCUCUUCUUUAAAUUGCACUUUUGGGGAAAAACAGUAUGGAAUUCUGGGCUUGAAAAUAACAAGAAAAUAAAAAAAAUAAAGACUGACCUAGGAAGACUGCUGUACAAGGCUGAUAUUUGUACAAGUGCUGAAAUGUUGUCCAUUUAAAUUAGUGUUUGUUUUAGUUCUUACAUCGGAAUCAUUUACCAGGAGUUUUGUGCCUUUCCAAGUAAAAUGUUUAAAGCUAAA